GUUAGUCACUUGUUUUGGGUUUUGUUGUGACUGAGGCAGAGUAAACAAACAGUGAGGCCAGCUGAUGCUCUCCUCCUCCUGCCCUCCUCAGGAGAAGCUCUUCAUGCAGACUACACGUGCCUUAAGGAAGCUCCUUAGGUCGUCGUUACUCCUAAAUCAACAAGAAGAGACAACAUUUUGCAGACGUUGAUCUUGACUCGUUCCCUGAGGGUCUGAGACGGUCAUCUGGAGGGUAAACUCUUCAUGCAACUCUAAGUGACUGUCUCUUCAGCAGUAUGAGCUCCAGUGAAUGGAAUGAGAGCUUGGACAACAUCGAUUACUUUAUCAGCUGCAUGGGAAGCUUGGAGAGGGAAGACGUGAUCUACUUGGAGGAGUAUUUGGUUGGUGAUGAGAGCCCCGGCUCUCAGUCUCCCAGUUGCUGGCCUUUAGUAAAAGAAAGAGAUGAAAUUAGUUUGUCAAAAUCUAAAGUGGAUGAGGCAACUGACAGAGACAGGGGAGAACUGGCUAGACAGGUGGAGAAAGACAUCUUGGAGAAUCCUGAUGAUCCUGAGGCUAUAGUAGAUGCAGAAAGGAGCAGCUCGGGUUAUUGUUUGCUGAGAACUUCGGCCCAUACUCGAUUAACUAGAGGAGUUACCAAACCCAAAUUUGUUACUUACCAAUCCUUCCCUGCAACUAAAGGAAAACCAUUCAUGUGCGAGCUAUGUGGGUUGAGACUGGCUACCCGAGAGAGCAGAAGAAGACACAUCCUUGCUAAACACAUAAAGGAGCGCAACAACGUCUGCAAUGUGUGCGGUAAAACCUUCAUUUUUAAGUUUGCUCUACGAACCCACAAAGCAGUCCACUCAGACACGCCAAACUUCAUAUGUGUGUGUGGUAUGUCAUUCACACUAAGAGCCUCUUAUAUGGACCACAUCAAGAGGAGACACAGGGCUGCUUCAGAGAUAAAAUACCAGUGUGAACUCUGCUUGAAAUCAUUAGGAGACCGCCACACCCUUCGCCACCAUUUACUAUCAGUGCAUAAACCCAAGACAAUCCCAUGUACUCAUAAUGGGUGUGGCAAAGUCUUCUCCACUAUUGCACUCAUGAGGUCACACUAUAGAUACCAUCUGAAGCAGAGGUUUACUUGUGAUGAGUGUGGCCAGGGCUUCUCUACAGAAUCUUACAUGUACAAACAUCGUCUAACACACUCAGGUUUUCGUCCCUAUGUGUGUGUAGACUGUGGCAAGACGUACUUGAGUAUGUCUCACCUGAACAAGCAUCGCCGUUCUGCUCAUUCCUCAAACAGACCUUUCCAGUGCUCUUUUUGUGGCAAAUGCUACAAAACUAAGGACCAGUUAACAUUCCAUGAAAGCAGUCACAAAGGUGAGAAACCAUUUGAGUGUAAUAUUUGUGGGUAUGCAACUGCAUAUAGAAAUACAUUGUAUACCCAUAAGAAGAAGCAUCAGUUAAGAUCCUCAACAAAUGAAGCAGAGUCCGCUUGUCACCAGCAGAGCUCGAUUAGUAGUAGUCGGGCAUCAAACAAUAAGUUAUGUAGGAAAAUGAAAGACAAAGAAAAGGGGGUUAAGGAUAGUCCCUCUGGUUCCAAAUCUAAACACAAAAUUGACAAUGAUGAGAAAAAGUUGAAUGAAAAUGCUUCUUCCGAAGUGGCCCGUCAUAAUGUGAAGUCAAUUUCAAAUUUGCCAUCAUUAAAUAUUGUGUGUGUUAUGCCUGCUAAAUCUGAUGGACUUGAACUGCAACAUGAGUUACCAAUGCUAGACAAAGCAAGCUUUAACAAUGUUAUAAUACAAUCUAAUACUGCAAGUGGAGAAACUCAGUUGCCAACAGUCUGUGAUGCUUCUGGUUUUAGCCAUGAAACUAUUGUUCAGUCUCAAGGCAAAAUAAAUAGUUCUCAUAAUAAUUUAAUUCAAAUUGGUAAAUUUGACUCGGUUAAAUUGCUAUCAGAUAAAAAUAUUACGAGUGAGAAUGCGAGUAUAACUGACAAGCAAGAUCCCUGUAUUAUUGUAUCUAGUAACGGCAGGUGUGCUAUACCUACCUGUGAAAGUGGUGACGAUUCUCUCUUGUUAUUUAAAGUUGGUGAUAAUUCUUAUGUUGGAAUCUGUAGUCACCACACAUUUUCAGAUGGUUCUAGUGAGUUACACAAGGAUGGAGAGUCUUCUAAACAGUUAGAAAUGCUAGAUUUUAAUGUACAAUGCCUUGAGAGCAUGAGCUUCCAGACAGAAUAUGACUCUAAAAAUAUAAACAGCAACACCAUUCCUUCUGAAACCACUGAUGUGUCCUUGUCAGGAGACGAUAUCAGUAUCCAUUAUACAGGGACUCUACAAGCACAGAAACGAGUGGAAUUGGUGGUUUUACCAAGUACAAAUGAAAAUACAGCAAUGGACAAUGACCUAAUUAUUCAACAGAUACCAAAUUUGAUCAGUACUACGGCAUCUCUUCCUUCAGUUGAAAAUGCUAACUCUAGCACAGGUAAAGUUUGUUCAGCAGAAUUCUCAACAAUCAUGGAACUUGAUUCUGAAGCAUCCAGUCUGUCAGGUCAUAUUGUUGAUGACUCCUUUAGUUUGGCCCAGUUGGAAGUACUAUGUCCAUUAUGUGAUGAACAGUUCCUUUGUAUGGAUGAUUAUGUCACUCACCUGGAGUGCUGUCACAAUUGAAUACUUGUCUUAAAAAAAAAAAAAAAAAAUGCAAUUGUGCUGCACCUGUUAUAUGCAUAAUACACAAACUAGUCAAUACCUAGAUUUUAAAUGUCAAAUAAUUAUUUUGCUCUUUAUGGGACAUUGAUACCAACAUUUUAUUAAUUUAGGAAAGUAAUUGCUGAAUCAUAAGAAUAUUGCCAAGAGUUACCAACAUUAAAUUUAAAGUACUGUAACUAGUCUUCUUAUGCCAACCCAUUAACAAUUUUCAGAAUACUCUGCAUAGCUUUAAUAAAGUGAUUACUGUAGUGACCAUGAUCAUAAGAGAAUUUCUUUAGUGUUGGCUUGUUAAUUAUGAGCAGGUCUAAAUAUACACAAGUUGUGAUACACAUUAACUAAAUACUGUGUAAUAUUUCUUGGGGUUUUUAAAUAUUUUUCCAUUCAACAUUAAAUAUAUGAGCAUGCAACAGUGACCACACCCCGGUAAACAGCUUUGAAUGGCAGGUAAAACUAGACGAGGGUAGUCGAAGAUUUGAGGCCCUCGGUGAAUUACAGCUUGUCUACCUAUGCACGAGAAGACUGAACCCGGCAGACUGCACGGAGGAAACCACCAGAAUGGUUCAACAGACAGGAAGGCAGACCCAGCAAAGCAUUGUGGAGCUCAGCUAGGGCACAGUGAGAUACAUAGGAUGCAGCUGAUGGCCAGCAGUGUCCUAACCUAUCUCCUGCCAUCUCGACUUGUCCGGCUGCUGGGACGAGUGUGUGAGGCUGACUAUUUGUGCAACUCUCCCUUGCUUUAGGCAAGCGCAAGCAACGACAUUAGUUCAUUUAUUGGUCGUGGUAAUUUUUUUUUACAACGGACGAACAUCUUCAAAUAUUCUUUCCUAUGUUAUUUGUACCAUUAAAUGUUGUGUUUAAUGUAAUAUGUAUUGACUGUUCAGGAUUAAAUCUUAAUAUAUGUGGA